AUGCCUCGAUGGUGUUCUGGCUACAACAUGGGUUCCGAUGGCAGCCUGCGCCCAUGCAGGUUUGCGCUCGACGGGCGCGGGCAUUCCGCGCAAGCUCGGAAAAAUGGCAAAUGCAUCUUCUGCAAUGAGGAGAGCAUGAGUUCAACUCUUCAAACACCUCAAGGCUUUGGCUUCGUGGUUCGGGCAUUGAAGAAGUGGCGAGUGAUGAAAUCUCCUAUUUUCGAUUUGGCUUUCGAGCGCAGCUCGCUGACCAGCUUGCCAGCAGUCCAGGUGGAAACUUUGCGCGGCAAUGCUCAAGAUCUAGUCCGCAAAUCCUGCCCAAAGCAACCGACUCACAAGACGCGGCGCCGCAAGAUGGCGCAGUGGAAGAAAAUGGCCUGGCGUCGCAACAAACUCGUCAAACUGCAGCGCUACACUGCAAUAGCAAAGAGAACCCACCGUGUUCAGUGGCAAGCGUGGGAUCGAAUCGCGAAGGAGAACCCGCAGCUUUGGCUUUGGGCAAAUUUCCGCAAGAACGGCGGCUUCUAUCGCGACCCCUAUGCCAACGCCGUGCUCUCUGAAUAUACUCAGCUGCAAAACCAAGAUCCAUUCAUCGAGGAUGCAUUCCUGCGGAGCUUCCACAAGUUUUGCCCCACAUGUGGCAAAUCCAUCAGGGGCCGUGGCCGUGGAUAUUGCCUGACACCUGCUUGUCGAGAGAUCCUGGAGGUCAACCGCAAGCGCCGCAAGGAUUUGCGAAAAUGGCUCAUGAAGCGGGUUGAGGGCGACAUCUCAAUGGGCCCACCAUUCAAUGACGAGCUUUGUGCGUGGGCGAGUCGUGAAGGCUACUUUGCAAAGUUCGACACCAAAGCGGAGCAGCCCGCCAAGGAGCCUGCUGCUGCCGUAGCAGAGGAGCCGGUUGAGGAGCCCCUGACAAAGGAGCCUGCCGCCACCACCACCCAGGAACUUGCCCAGAAAACUCCGACGCAGGGGCCCAGCACAGCCGUGGAGCCCGCCAUCAAGGCGCCCGCUGAGCCCGCAACCGCGACCGUCGCCAAGGAGCGCGCGAUCCAAGAGAAGAGCAUGGACACGGAGCCCGCCGUCGCCCCGGAGCCUGCCGAAAAACAUAAGAUCCAGGAGGUCAGCGUGGAUGUGGAAGAGGCCAUCGAAGAAUCUGCUGAGACUCCUCAGAGCAGCGCGUCAUUGGCAGAAGUGCCAGCGGCGCUCGCAGAGGCCCCGGCCGACGACGCUGAUGGCUUGUGA